AUGCCACCUACUCCUUAUUGGGUGUCAUACCGAGGACCUCUGCUGGUUGUAAUUAGAAUCAAGGCGCGUGCCAUUUUAGCACAACACAACAGUUCAUUCCACUCUCACCUUUCUUCAAUUUAUCUCUUUCUUUAUAUUUUCUCACUUUUUGCCCUUCUUUCUUUCUUUCUUUCUUUCUUUCUUUCUUUCUUUCUUUCUUUCUUUCUUUUCACUCGCGCCAUUUUUGAAAAAUUCCUUUUCUUUUAUUUAUCACCUACCAUUUAUUCAGUCAUUUUUCAAUCCUCCAUUGGUUUUUUUUUUAAUUUCAACUCGUUCUCUUUUUUUCUUUUUUUCACAGCCUUUUAUUAUAUUCUUCUUUGUUUUCAUCAACAUUUUCAUUUUUUAAAAAUGGCUGCUAUUUUUUCUUUCUUUUUCUUUCUUUCUUUUUUCUUCUUUCUUUCUUCUUUCUUUCUUUUUAUUUGUUCUUUUUCUUUCUUUUUUCUUUCUUCUUUUUCUUUUUUCUUUCGUCUUUCUUUUCUCUUUAUUUCUUCUUUCUUUCCUCCUUCUUUUUCUUUCUUUUUAUUUAUUCUUUCAUUUGACUUUCUUUUUUUUCCUUCUUUCUUUUUUCUUUCUUUUCUUUCUUCUUUCUUUCUUUUUCGUCUCCUUCCUUUCGUCUUUCUUUUCUCUUUCUUUUUCUUUCUUUCUUCUUUCUUUUCUCUUUCUUUCUCCUUUCUUUUCUCUUUCUUUCUUUUCUCUUUCUUUCUUCUCUCUUUCUUUCUUUUUUCUUUCUCCUUUCUUUUUUCUCUCUUUCACACACUUUUCCUACUUCCCUUUCUGUGUUCGUUCUCCCUUACCUACACACAUGCACACUCUCUCUUACUCUUUCUCUCGCUAUCUGCCUUUCACGUUCCACUUAUGUACUACGUUUCACUUUCCUCGUAA